AUGGCCUCAGGCAGCCGCAUCUGGAAGACUAUGCACGUGACUGCAUGGAUCAACUUCAUAUCGACUACUUAUCAAAGAUCUCAUCCUAUCAGUAUAAAUGCCGGGAAUACUUCUCAGCUAGGACCAGUGUGUUCUAUUUUGCAUUACCCGCAAGGAUCGUAUGUUACGCUGCAUAGCACGGUCCUAUCCUCCGCCCCGGCAGCCCGAGUCUCGCUGGAAUUAUCAUUCACGUGGACUGUCAAUCAUCCGAUUUGCGGAGACAUGCGGGGAAAUGUGGCUCAGGUCUUCUAUAAAGAACGGAUAAGUGUUCGCGUACUCUUCGAUGUUUCAAGCUGCAGUUUACACCCACAAGCAUAUGAUGGUGGAGGUUUCUACGCGAACAAAGAAGUCGGCAAAAAUUUAAUCGCCAAGAUCUCCACCGGACAGGGUUAUGGCUGGACAGUUGCUCUGAUUCACAAUCUCCGAAGGAUGGCUCGUCACACGAGACAGAGAUAUGUAUUCCAGAAGGUCAUUAAUGUAGAUCCCCAUCAUUCACGAGUGCGUUGCAGCACGGGUAACCCGGAUCAGGUUGAUAUGAAAACUCUCCUGGGAGGUACUGGAUACGUGGUUAUAGAAGCGGCAGCCGAACAAGCGAUGGAUCCUGGACGAUGCCUGAUGCCAAGCGGGAGUGACAGCUCAGGCUCCGCGAAGCCGAUGGCCAGUCAAUGGGUCUUCCCCGCGCGGCUUCCCCUCAUUUCCUGCAAGUCUUUGGUCACAUCACCCACAGCUACGACUACUAUUAUCUCGUCCUUUAAUCCUAUGGAGGUGAAUUCCGGUCACCGGAGUCAUCCUUCCUUGACGCCAAGUUUAGACUCGUGGAGAAAUGACUUGUAG